AUGCCGUCCGUCGAUUCUCCAAGGGAAUUUGUGAAAUGGGAAAAAAGUUAUAAUAUCCCUUUGCUCCACGCAGAAGUGUUUGGAACCCAUAUCCUUAUUGUCAAUAGUAUUGAAGAUGCAAUUGCUCUAUUUGAACGGCCGGAAAGGGCAAGCAUUUACUCUGACAGACCAGAUUUGCCCAUUCUCGAUCUGAUUGGAACCGAGAAGAACAUCGGUUUAAUGCGUUACGGAGAAAAAUGGAGAAGUCAUCGGCGGGUCAGUCACCAAAACUUCAACAUCCACGCUGCGACACAGUACGAACCAAUUCAAACGAGAAAAGUAAGGGACCUACUCCAAAAGGUUCUCGACCGCCCUGAUAAAUUUUCUGAACACAAUAAAUGGUUUUCAACAGCGGUUACGAUGUCCGCAAUGUACGGAUACGAGGUCAAAUCCGUCGAUGAUCCAUGCGUUGCGCUGGCGGAUGAGGCGCUUAGACUUAUAGCUCAACUGAUCCAUCCUGGUGGUAGUUUAAUAAACCAUAUUCCUGCUCUCAGACACAUUCCAGAGUGGUUUCCGGGCGCUUAUUCCAGAAAACUUGCUGCCAGAACAAAACUUCUGAAUGAGCAGGAUGAGGGUACAUCCACGCCAUCUCUAGUAGCGAAUUUCUACGAAAAGAAGCUCGCGUAUGGCGCAUCCGAAGAGGAGGAGGUUGCAAUGGCUGCCAUCACCUACGCGUUUGUAUACUUAAUGACCAUACAUCCCGACAUUCAACAAAGAGCCCGAGACGAAAUUGAGAACGUCAUCGGAGCGACUCAUCGAUUACCUACUUUGGUCGAUCGUAAAUCCUUACCAUACGUCGAAGCUAUUUACAGAGAGGUAUUACGGCUUUACCCACCGCUUCCCCUUGGACUGCCUCGAACAACCACCGAAGAUAACCAUUAUAAGGGAUAUUACAUCCCAAAAGGAACAACCGUACUUACAAACAUAUGGGCAAUGUCGUAUAAUGAGCUGAUCCACGAAGAGCCCCAUCGCUUCAACCCCGAACGACACAUUGGCACGAACGGAGAAUUGGAUGACAAGCGGAUAUUUGCCUUUGGUUUUGGGCGCAGGAAAGCAAAUUUCUAUUCACACAAGUUUUCGUUACCUUAUCACUUGAUUACAGAGCAUGCCUGGCUCAUGAUGGCGUCCAUGCUUUAUUCGUUCAAAAUAACAAGGGCAAAAGACAGUAACGGGAAUGAUGUCGUAGUAAAUGACGAGUUUGAGGAUAUUGGGAUUCUGCGGUGCAAGAAAGAAUUUAAGUGCCAUUUCCAUCUUCGCUCCGCCGAGAUACUGCAAUUAAUUGCGGAGACCUGA